GUUGGUUGGUUGUCGUUAUCCACUUGCUAGCAAAUUACAAAAUCUCUUAUCAAAUUGGAUAAUUUGUCUCGCUUUGCCGCUAUAAUGUGUAGCUUACGGUAUAAAUACCAAUUUAGUUCAAAUGCUACGUAGUUGUCUAUCCAUAAGCGGAUGAGACUGUACGCUCCCUCUUGCCGGACUGACGGAAAGAAAUAUAUUUUAAAUUAUGACUUCGGUUUGUCUUCCCGCUGGAGAUGUUUAUGUCCCCGUAAAGAUUGAGGACCACGAUAUAUUUAGCGGCAUUUUAAAACUGUUAGCAGUCAUAAGGCCAGAGUGGUCUCCAGACAAUAUUAAAUUCAAGACUUUUACUGAUGGCAUCACCAACAAGUUAGUUGGAUGUCAGCUAAAUGAUGGUGCAAAGUCUGUUGAGAACAUUGUCCUGGUGAGAAUCUAUGGAAAUAAAACAGAUUUGCUUAUCGAUAGAAAAGCAGAACUAAGAAACAUAAAAACUCUUAAUGAAUUUGGAUUGGCACCAAUGGUGUAUGGAGUUUUUGAAAAUGGACUAGCAUAUCAGUAUUACCCCGGCUCAACAUUGAACAUUGACUCAGUAUUAGAUCCUGCAAUAUGGCCACUUGUUGCUUGUCAAAUGGCAAAAAUGCAUAAUGUGAGCCUUGGCUCAGAGAUAACAAAGGAACCAAUGGUGUGGGACAAAAUUGAACAGUUUCUUAGUUUAUUACCUGUGCCAUUCACAGAUGCCAGUAAACAAAACAGAUUUACAAAUAGCUUUGGAUCAGUAACCAAACUCAGGAUAGAGUUUGAGCGCCUUAAAUCAUAUUUAUCCAAAAUUGAGAGCCCAAUCGUGUUUGCUCACAAUGAUUUGCUUCUAGGAAAUGUGAUCUACAACCAAGAUGAAGGGUCAAUUUCCUUUAUUGAUUAUGAAUAUGCUGCUUAUAAUUAUCAAGCAUUUGAUAUUGCAAAUCAUUUCAAUGAAUUUGUUGGUUUAUCAGUUGAUGACAUUGAUUACAACAGAUACCCAAGUAAAAGUUUUCGGUUAUCUUGGAUAAAAGCAUAUUUGUCUGAAUACAUGAAAGUGACUGAUGAUAACAUACCAAAUGAUACUGUGGAGACAGUUUGUACUCAAGUGGAGCAGAUGUCACUAGCUUCUCACUUCCUUUGGGGGGUUUGGUCGUUGGUACAAUAUGAACUGUCUGAUAUUGACUUCGAUUUUGGACGAUACGCAGAGAUUCGUUUAUUCAGAUAUUUUGAAUUGAAAGAUCAAAUUUUUAAACAGCUGAGUUAAAUAUUUGAAGUGUAUUAUUGAUUUUAAAUCAAAGUAAAAGUUUAUUUUUUGUUUAUAGACCAGUAGCAGCUAAGCAAUACAUUGUUACAAAGAAACAUGAAA